AUGGUCCACGCAAAAGCUACCAAUACCCAGAGCUGCAUGGUCCACGCAAAAGCUACCAAUACCCACAGCUGCAUGGUCCACGCAAAAGCUACCGGUACCCACAUCUGCAUGGUCCAUGCAAAAACUACCAAUACCCACAUCUGCAUCAUCCAUGCAAAAGUCACCAAUACCCACAUCUGCAUCAUCCACGCAAAAACUACCAAUACCCACAGCUGCGUGGUCCACGCAAAAACUACCAAUACCCACAGCUGCAUGGUCCACGCAAAAGCUACCAAUACCCAGAGCUGCAUGGUCCACGCAAAAGCUACCAAUACCCAGAGCUGCAUGGUCCACGCAAAAGCUACCAAUACCCAGAGCUGCAUGGUCCACGCAAAAGCUACCAAUACCCACAGCUGCAUCAUCCACGCAAAAGUCACCAGUACCCACAGCUGCAUCGUCCACGCAAAAGCUACCCAUGCCCACAGCUGCAUGGUCCACCAUAACAACAAUGGGGGCAACAACCCACGCGUCCAUCAACGGACACACAAAACGUGGUCUUUCUGCACGGUGCAGUGCAGCUCAGCCAUGGGGAAGGAGGCUCCCCACUAGGCUCCAGUGCGGGGAGCCACGAAGGCCCCGAGCUGACAAAGCCAGACGCGAGGGCCACACGUGGCC